AUGCUUCUUUGCCUUACAUCAGUCGUAUCUACAUCAGGAGUAGGAGUAGCCUCCUUCUAUGCUGGACCAUACAUACCAUCUGCUUGCGGGCACAGCGAAAAUAUAACUAACAUUAUCUCAAUUAGUGAUGCAUUAUGGGAUAACCGAAAUGCUUGCGGGCGUAAUUAUACAGUGUUUUGUAAGUCUGUAACAAGUGAAGGCAUAUUGCAAGCAGCUUGCAAGCAUGAUAAUGCAGGAAACGUAUAUGGAUAUGAUGUUACAGUAGUUGAUUAUUGUGGAAAGUGUAAUGGUUUCACUAUGCUUCUCUCAAAAGAGGAACUUUAA